GUAUAAUUCAUUAUUCACCAGUCAGAUGGUUCUGUGCCUAUAUGAGAUACUGAUACAGGGGUAGACCUUAUACUUAACUAGAGUAGUGAAUGUAUGCUGAAAUGCAUUUUCAGUUUUUUUAGGAUAAAACAUUUUGUCAAGUCCACCAACCUUGUAGACCGACCACGCCCACAUAACCUAUCUGCUAGUAACGAACUCUUACUUUGACCAAUCCGAGCUGAGAAACACAAUGUAUGAGAACCCUUGCUGCCAAUGGGGAUCUCCUGUGGCCGGGGCUGUGUGGGGUGCUACAGAGAGUGAAGCUGUUGUGCUUUAUAUUAUAGUGUCAGCUUCAACAGUGCGGACUGUGGAAAUUAGUAAGAAUGGGAUUUGCAAAACGUUUAUAGAUAACCGACCUCAUUCCUCCGAGUGAAGAAAGAGGACCCAUUGUUACUCUACUGAUGAAAGUUGAGACGCCAGAGAAAGAUUCAUAGUGCAGUUAAACUCUGAAAUCAGUAACCCAUCCUUGGACUUUUAAGCAGAACUACGGCACCGGUGUCCUGAAUCGGUACUUUUAAACGAAUAUUUAAAGGCUGCGUAUUCAUUUCAAGAUUCAGACCACGUUCGAUGCUCCUACCUGGCUAUUAAGAAAACUCCACAACAGGCCCCUGUCACCAUGCACAUGGCCCGCAGCCCCACCUCUCUCCCUGGCAGUGCCUCUGUGGGUGCUGGUGACUCCCUGGAGCUCAGCUUGACCGGCUCUCAGCUGUCUGUCUCCUGUCGGCCCAGCAGUGCCUCCCCAGCCAAGCACUUCUCCCGCUCCGUCUCUGUCACUGCGGACAAGAAGAGCAAGCGCAACACCCUGGGUGAAGCCGGGCUGGGCAGCUCCCGGUCCAUUAAGAACCUGAGGAGAUCCAACAGCACCACCCAGGUCAACCAGAGAGUCAACUCCUGCUUCAGCGAGGAGCAGUCCGAGAACUUCCUGGCCUUGUUUGACAGCAGCUCGGACGGGAGGAGGAAGCUGGCCAGCCUCAGCAAGACCUCUCCGGACCUCUCCUGGAACAUCCUGGAUGACCAACUCCGUACCUUCCUGAUCCUAGGCAGUGCCCGCACUGCCAACUCGCCCGUCGGCAUGAAGAAGAGAGAGGCUGGCAUAGCGCUGGCUGCCAACUUCACCGCCAACAACAGGAGUAACAAGGGAGCUGUGGGGAAUUCAGUCACCACCAUCCUGCACAACAACUGUCCAGACAAGCCACUGACACCAAAGAGCUCCAACCAGAAACCAGCAUCUCUCAAUAACAUCAUGAAGGCCACAGUGAACGACGAGGGCAGUCUGGAGAACAGCUCCCUGACCAAAUCCCAGAAGAACUUCUCGUCUCCCAAUAACAACGCCGCGCACAGCAGCCCCGCCCUGCUCCGGAGGCAGGAGGUGACAGAGGAGGAGGCUGAAAGGUUUAUCCAGCAGGUGAAUCACGCAGCCGUGACAAUCCAGCGCUGGUACAGACGCCAUGCCUACAGGCGGCACACCAGCGAGGCUGCGCUCCGACGCCUCCUCUCCACAAAGAAACAGGAGAGGGAGCAGAGAACAGAGGAGGGGAAGACACAGGAAGGUCAGAAGAGGAAGGAUGAGGACAGGAAGAGGAUACACAAAGAGAAAGCCCAGCAGGCCCGAAGAGCUGCUAUUCAGGAGCUCCAGCAGAAGCGGGCACAGCGGGCAGUCGAGACGCAGCGCGUGGCAGAGCAGGAGAUUGAGGCACUGAAACAGAGUGGCAAGCUGGGCCGGAGGAAACCUGCCAGGCCCUCUCCCGGCAGCAAGGGGGGCACGGCAGCAAGAGACACAGGCAAGGGG